AUGUAUAUAACCAGGGGAGGGAGGAGGUGCUGGAGAGGUGAAAAGGAAAAAGAAACUACUACAACUACAAACUCCUGUACUACCUAUUUCUACGACUGCCAUAAUAGCAGCAGCAAAUAAAAAAAAGAACUUCAGUAAUUAAAAUAGAGGAAGCAACGAGCAGGAGCAGGUAGCUGAGGGGAAUUGGACUCUGAAGAAAGAAAAAAGAAGAAAGAGUAAUAAUUGUAAUGUACAAAUGGCGUACGAGGACCACCACCUCUCCCAUUCUUCUCAAGAAGAAAUGGCUCUCCACCACUUCCACCACUUUACAACUAGUACCACCACAACCGACCCCCACCACCACCAUCACCAUCACCAUCCCACCGCCUCCUCCGUCCUACGCUCUUCCAUCCACUCCCCUCCCGACACCCCUACCUCCGCCGCUGUAGCCGGCAACCCUCCUCCUCCCCCUUCCUGGCUCCUCAACUCCUCGAUUCUCAGGGGGCCGCACCAUCACCCCUCGCAGCAACAGCCCGACGCUGCCGCCACCAGUAAUUUCCUCCACCAGCUUCAGGCCUCCAACGACGACGUCUCUCACCUCGACCACAGCCCCACGGCCGCCAUGAGCAUGGUACACAAGCGGCUCAAGGAUAAUCACGCUAACAAUAACAACGGCAGCGAUCAUCAAGCCCCGGCAGUAAUGGUGAAUGAUGAGUGGGAGAAGGACAAGUGUAAGGCCGAGAUAUUGAACCAUCCCUUGUAUGAUCAGUUGCUUUCCGCCCACGUGUCGUGCUUGAGGAUCGCUACCCCGGUCGACCAGCUCCCCAGGAUCGACGCUCAGCUCGCUCAGUCCCAGCACGUCGUCGCUAAGUACUCGUCGGUGCUCCGGGGUCACGAUCCUCACCAACAGGCUCUUGAUGAUAAAGACCUCGAUCACUUCAUGACACAUUAUGUUCUGUUGCUCUCUUCCUUCAAAGAACAACUGCAACAACAUGUCCGUGUUCAUGCAAUGGAAGCAGUCAUGGCUUGUUGGGAGCUUGAGCAAUCUUUGCAAAGCUUAACAGGGGUGGCGCCCAGUGAAGGUACGGGAGCUACUAUGUCUGAUGAUGAUGAUGAUCAGGCAGAUAGCGACACAAAUUUGUUUGAGGGAAGUUUAGAUGGCCAAGACAGCAUGGGAUUUGGUCCUCUUACGCCUACUGAAAGUGAAAGGUCUCUGAUGGAGCGAGUUAGACAAGAACUGAAACAUGAACUCAAACAGGGAUACAAGGAGAAGAUCGUGGACAUCAGAGAAGAAAUUUUACGUAAAAGAAGGGCGGGAAAGCUGCCUGGUGACACCACAUCCCUCUUAAAAGCUUGGUGGCAAUCGCAUUCCAAAUGGCCUUAUCCAACAGAGGAAGACAAAGCCAGGCUAGUGCAGGAAACUGGGUUGCAACUAAAGCAGAUAAAUAAUUGGUUCAUCAACCAAAGGAAAAGGAAUUGGCAUAGCAACCCUUCUUCAUCCUCUUCUCAAAAGAGCAAGCGCAAGAGUAGUGCAGGUGAAAAAUCCAGCAACGAGCAAUUUAUGUGAACCAAGGAAUUCGUAUUGAAGAAAAAAAUGUUGCAUCUUUUCGCCCUAGCAGGUUGAUCGACUAAAUUGCUCCAGCAGAUAGCCAGCUUUGAAUUGAAGAGCUGAUCCAAUUGACCAUAUGUCUGAAGCUGUUCAGGAUUAUACAAGCAUAGCAAGCUGAUAGAACUCAGUAGUGAUCGACGACGUGAAAUAUGAGAUAGGAAUACAGGUACCGGGGCACAUGCUCUCUGUUGUAGCAUUUAUCUUUUUGGAGGUUGCGUAGGUGAACGUUGUGUCUCUUGUAGACGUACAGUUUCAAUUCAGAUCAGUUUUGUUUUCUUUGUACCACGUAGUGGUGGCACUGUGAUUUUGCUCCAGCUCGUGAUGGUUGUGAAUAGAAAUUGCGGGAGGUUUCGUGUAGAUUAUAAGUCAGCUGGCACAAAAAGGCGCUUGUACGAAAUAAUCUGACUUUUACCACCGGAGUCUUGAGCUUGUUCAAGAUCAUGCUAUGAAUUAUUCAAGAAUUAGAUGCAGGGCCGGGGGACAUAAUCAGGAAGCGACGGAAUGGUUAAACCCCCAAAGGUUUUUGCACUGAAUUUUCAUUGUUUCAGUUAAAUCCGCUGCGGUCUGGCGUGCUUUUGCAAGCUAACUGCUAGAAGCCCGGAAUUUCUAGGUUGCCAUGUGAUGUGCAUGUCUAUUGCAAUUCUUGACCGUGACUAGGCUGCCGUGGAGGAGGACGGAGGACUUCGUAGAAUACUAGUAGUUUUGGAUUGAAUUUUUUACGUAACAUGUUAGGCAACAGCGAUCCCAAACAAGACAGGAUCUCGAAGGCAGCUGCAAAAAAAUUGUCAGUAUUAAACACGGAAUAUGAGAGCGUCAACUGUGGAUGAUGGAAUCUCUGCCGGGAGAAUCCAACUAUUUCACAAGACGCUGGUCGCUCAAAAAGCUAGUAACCUUUACAGCGUGCGCAAAUCAAUCAAAUCUGACGAGAAGUCCCCAGUUUGAGGGACUGACUAAGCAAAGCUUGUUUUGUACUAGUUGCUUCGAUGCUACUGUUCUCGCUUCCAAAUAAAUUAUUUAUCUGUCUU